AUCUGAACAAUAAAGAUUUAAUUAAAAAAAUAAAUUAAUAAAUUAAAAAACCAGAAGUCAGCAGAGACAGAUGAUGUGGGCCAAACAGAGCACAUCUGUGUUCAAAUUGAGUCCAUGAGCCUCUGCUCAUGUGAGCUUUCUGGUCUAAAUCUUCCCCCUGAUACCCAGUCGGGCAGUUAUGACGACGAUGAUGAUGAUUUCAGUGGAUUUACCUAAUACUCCCAAAUCUCAUAUUUUAUUUGUCUCAGGAGUGAAAUUAGAAAGGAGCUUGGAAUUGGGGGGAAGAGCUGGGCAUAGACAUACAGAUUUAGAGCAAAAAUGUUCUGAUUCCAUGUAUUUCAAAAGUAUUUCAGUCGAAGAGCCCUUUGUUCCAAGUCGGCAGGUCUGCCAAAGUCUUGCAUGGGAAGGAUUCUCACAGGGUGCUCUGCUGAAGAGGUGUCCGACCUGCCUGUCCUGUCUCCCCCAGCACAGAGUGGCAGCUGGGCUAGCCUCAUAGAACCCCAACAGACACAGUUUGAAAACCGCUGAUUUUGUUCAACCCUCAUUUACACACGGGAAAAACGGAGGCCCAGAGAGGUUGUGGUUUUGAUUAAGGUGCACACCUGUGUCGGAGGCUGGGAGUGCUCCUCAGCCCUUGGCCGUGUGACUCUCCACCCCCAGAGCCAACUUCUGGAACCGGCUGGUGAAGGGGAAGCAGAAUGAGCUGCGCACCCAGAGCAAAGACAUGCAAACGUCCCUAGAGAACCUGCAGCAGGAAGUGAGGCUCUGGCAGGCCCGGUACGAAGAGGCGAGGGACAACCUGCAUAACUUUGAAAUCUUGCUGAGGAAGCUGGACAGCCAGUGCGAGGCGUUCGUCUGUGUGAAGAAGAACUUGGAAGAGGAAAAGUAUAAACUCAGGAGCAGGAUUCUGACAUUGGCCAAGAGGAACAGGCGGCUUCUAAAAAAGAAUGUGGACAAAGCUUGGCACAUAGGAAAAGGGUAUUUCUUACCAACAAUAAUAGAAGAAGAGGAGGAAACAGUCGUGGAUUCCUGCGAGUCCCAGGAUACUGCUCCCAGGAAAUUGCGGCGGGCCGACUGCGGGGACCCGCCUGCCCACAUGGACCACGCUUCAUCGACUUAGGCUCCGGUCCGGGUCCGACCGUUACUGCCGAAAACGGAAAGCCUUGGGCGGGCUGCCGAUUGGACACCGCGCCGGAAGUGGGAACCGGAAACGGUGUUCGGUGCCGCCCGGGUUGGCUCCAGCAGCGGCGGUUGCAGCCG